CGGCGCCGAGCCGCACAAACGACAUCGGGCCUCGGUCGCGGACGUGUCUAAAAUAAAAAAAAAAACUAUGUGCAACAUAUGUACACGCGAUGUAAUGAGCGCGGAGGCACCGACGCCUCCCCCGCUACAAAAUAACUGCACACUGGAACGUUUCAAGAACAAACACAACAUAGUGACGGACCCCACUAAUCCGGAGAAGCAGAAGGAAGUGGAGUACCAGCCAGAUUUGCUCGCUGUGUCCACGCAGUACACCAAAAUUGCAUACGAUGUGUUCAAGCAAUGUACAACGCGAUUGCAGGAGUCCAAGGCAUUUGUUGUCGUCACAAAAACAACACAACCAUUCCACGUAGCGUUGGCAAUGUUCAUGCUGCUGACCUGGCUGAGUAAACCAAGCCCUAACGCCAGUAUACGGCUCUGGAGGGCUGUCUACGUGGGAUCGGUAGCUACACAUCUCGGUGCACAGAUCUGGAUGACUCUAGUCUCUGGCAUAGUGUUAUACUUCUCACUCCCUCGGCACGACUUCGGGCGCGUGCAGACGGUACUCUUCCCUCUGUACUAUACAUUCAACGCGAGCAUGAGCCUGAUGGGCCUGUUCGCAUACACCAGGACGCAGUACUUGACCAACUUCCAACAUUUCUCCUGGAUACAGGUAGCACUCCUGCUCGCGACACUCAGUAUAGAAGCAUUCAUUAGGCUACGACUGGUGAGGCCGAUGAUAGUCGCCAAGCACAUCAAAACACAGAUGGAGGAAGCAGCCGGUGGCGGCCAGGAAGUUGGCCAACUGAUUCUCGGCGAACUGGCGCACUGUCCACGCUACAUCCGUGUUCUGAAGGCGUUCCGGAUGUACCACUCCAGCAUCGCUAUGGGCACCAUGAUCACUUUUGGCUGCUCACUCUACUCAAUAAUGAUCAUAGUCGAUUCUAUAUGUAAUUGAUCCUAAUAUUAAAACCCACUUGUCUUUGUCACAAGUGUACGUUUUGAAGCUCAGGUUCUAUAUUAUUGAAGUAUUCACAAAUACUUCCUACAGACAUAUCAAUACUAUGUCUAUUUUGAUAUUUAAGAGUAACUACUUGAAAUGUUAGGUUAAUGCAUUUUACAAUGUGGGCUUUUUUAAUCGACCCUCCCCAUUUGUAAAAAACCGUUUCAAGUUUCAAUGGAAAAACUAAAGAUCGGUUUGUUUUUUCGUGACUUUUAGUCCAUGGACACACAACGUACUGCGCUGCCCAUAGCGCUCAUUGUACCGACUGUCUUACCAUAGUCCGAAAUGUUUUUAUUAAAAUUUUCAUCGAUACCAUCAGAAAAAGACUUGAACAUCAUAAGAUAUACAAUCUCUCUAUUUGUUCAAUGGAGAUUUUCCCCUACAAUAUUAUCCGCUCAUUUGUUCCUACGUGACGUGUAGAGCGAAUUGACAGAUACAUACAUUAUGGAGUUUAUAUUGGGGUCGUUUCUGAGGCGCUAUUUCUCAAAACCUAUCGGACAGAUUAAUUUGAUAGUUUCGGAAAAUUAUAAUUUUAUAGACCAUCCUAAGCUAAAUUUACAAAAACUUUCAUUUAAUUCUAUUAUAAAUUUAGUUCAUAUUGGUUACUUAUAAGAAAGAUUUCGUUGUGUUAUCAAAUUGAUAUUUUAAAUUUAAAGACUGGUUUAGAGAAAUCGCGUCUCAGAAUCGACCCUAUUGUAGAUAUUUAAAUAAAUUAUAAGUAGAUAGUGAUUUUUUGUCAUUUUUGUACUACAAGAUUUCAUAUAAUCGUAACCUUAUGUCACAAACAUAAUUUUGUAAGUUAUAAAUUAAAUAUUAUAUUUCAAUACAUAUAUACAUAUUAAAUCUUUUAUACAUAUGUUAGAUUAAUAUGUACUCGAAUAUGUAUCGAUUACUUCAAUCAUGUCAUGACAUAACUCUGAUUUAUAGAAACACAAUUAAAUUUAUUUGUCUUUGUGUAGGUAAAUGAUUGAAUAUUUAUUUUUAUAAAAUGCAAUAAUAUUAACUGCAUUUACAGCUAAUAUUUAAGGUGUAGAUUCACAGCAUUUUUUAUGCCUAAUUCAAUUGAACAAAUUGAUGAAGUCAGAUCAUUGGAGAAAAUAAGUUAUCACAUGUCCUAAGUUCUUCCAUGACAAAUCUCCGCAAAACUAAUGGAAUUUUAAUUAAUACUAAAUAUUAAUAAAAAUUAAGAAUGGAAUAAUUAAGAAAUUACUUUUUUUUAAUUCUUUUAACGACACGUAUCUUAAAUAGUUCAUAGACAAUAAUUCAAAUUAGGAACCAUUAAUAUAAUUUUUAAAUAUUGCCGCCAAUAAUGGCAUAUUUUUUUUUUACUUUUUUUCUGUGUUCAGAUAGAAAACAUGACUUCAUUAAUUUUAAGUUUAAUUCUCAAGAUGUGAAAUCUGCUAAUUUGGAUCGAUCAUUAUGUUAUUUGAAACUUAGUCAUUUCGAGUGAUAAAUCUAAUAUUGUAUCAAUUGAAUUUUGAUUAGGAAUGCCUGCGCGGGACGCAGGUCGCGCAUAUUAAAUUAAAUGUAUUAAUAUAAAUUCCAAAUUAUAAAUAUUAGUAUUAUAGAUAGUAUACACAACGUGUGAAAUUAUAAACAGUGUAAUGGAAGGGGUAUAAACAUUCGGAAUUCUGUGUUAGUAGGUACUUAGGUUAUGCACCUAGAAGAUUUUUAAUUGGUAAACCCACACACUACCUCAUGUCCGUUGUGUGGGUUCGGUGCCCUCGCAAUACAAAUAUUUGCAUUCAUGAGUAUCUGUAUUUGUCUGAACUUCAAAUAACAUGGAUGGAAAUAAAAUAACAAUGUCGUGAACUUCAUAUUUACGACUCUUUAUGUUUCGCGACAGCAUAGCUUAUAUAAUUAAUUUCAUAGAAAAAAAAUAUUUAUUUAUCGUUGAAUUCGAAACUGUUGUACCCUAUCCAUUGCACAUUGUAUAAAUAAGUGCCUAUAUCUAUAGAUAUUAAUAUGUACUAAAUUCGUAUAACGGAAUUAUAGUUGCGUUUAAUAAACGUUUUUAUUUUAGUUUUAAGAAAAAUGUGUAAAGGCAUUUAUUUACUAUGCCGAAAUUAUAUGCAAUUUAGACUUUUUUUACUAAAUAAAUACAUGGAUUAAACAUUAAAUAGAUCUAAACUGAAAUCAUUCGCAUGUAAAUAUUACAUGCACUUGAUUGUAAUAUUUAUAUAUAACAUGCGAAUGCAUGUACAUAAGCAAUUUUAAUAUUUAACUGAACUAGGUGUCAAUUUGCUGAGACCCAUAUCACUGGUUAGUUAAUUAGAAUUAUUUUAUUUAAUUCCGCUAUCAUAUUUUAUAUUCCGCUAAACUAGUCUGGGCGCCAAACGCGAUCUAUCAAUUAACCUGAAGAUGCCUUAUAACGAAUGUUACAAGGCAUCUUCACAUGUUGCGUCACUUGUGUUGAAAGGUAACACAAGUGACGCAAUAACGGUCAGAACUUGAUGAAUGAUAUGAAUGAUCGUGAAACUUCUAUUAAUAAUAAUAGUAGUCAAUCCUUAAUUAUUAGCAGUCGUACGCAUACUAAUUAUAGUGGAAUUAAACAAAAUGAUUCUAAUGAAUUAACCAAUAAGCAAUUUCUUUCGACCGUAAGAUUAGUCUCGUCUUAAUGGCAUAGACAAUCAAAGCCAAUAUUCAUAAGCUGCUUGAUUACGAGAUAUCCGUGUUGUAUGCUCUAUAAUUUCCUGUAUACUGCCAUAAAAUAGUGCUAAGUGUAGUGAUAAAUAAUUAAUAUAAAAUAAGACUCAUGCCCGACAAUGGACAAUAAUAUAAGGCUCCCGACCGCAGGAAAUUAUGAGGCAAGAGCAUCUAUGGAAUUAUACUAACAGUCACAAUCACAACGCAUUUCGUAGAAAUCACAAUAUUUAAAUACUUGCAGCUUUUCUCUCGAAUCUGCAAACCACGGAAACUGCCAGUAUCAAUCGCGUUCGGUUGGUGAUUGUUUUUUUUUUUUUAUAUCAAGCUACGGCUAAUCUAGUCAACGUCAUCGUUGUAGAUUCUACGCUGUAUUGAUUACAUAUUUAUAAUAAUAAUAGUGAUAUAGCGAAGCAGUCAAGCAGUUUAUGCUUUCGAAUUUCAAUGGAAGAGUGUUAUAACAAUAAUGAUGCCUAAAAAUAUGAUCGAUUUCUUAACGAUGACAUUAGUCAAUCGUUCGGUUAAUUUUUUUUUUUUAUAAUUUUCUGGUUGCCACUGUCGAUCUUAAAAAUUGAACAAUUUUGGUGGGCAACAUUAUAAUAAAAUAUAGUGAAAUUAAUGCAUUGUAGAUAUAAUACUUACUCUAGGUAGCUGUUUUAUUUAUGUAACUAAUAAACUAUUUAUAUUUAAUGUUUAAUAUUUUUACAUUAUCAGGAAAUGAUCUGAAUGAUAUCAUAGAAAUAUUUCAUUAUUUAUUUGAGAGAUUGUUGCUGAGAAGUGAAAUUAUGGAAAAUACACAUAAAUAAUUUUAA